AUGCAGUCGCUCGGGAAGGUAGAUUCGCAGCUGCAUAAGGAGAGUGGUAUAGACUGCAAAAAAUCAAGGAAUUUUGAACCCGUGGUUGUCAGAUUACUAGAAUUGUGUGUUAUUGAUGAUCCCGUGGAUGUUAUUCUCCCAGAUUGCUGGGAUAGGUGUACCGAGGCGCUCACGAAUGACGUGAUGUGCUUCAGGUCCAGCAGGUACCUAAAAAGCUGGGCGAGAGUUACGCAAGCGCUGUGUAAAAUGCUUCAGGAACAAAAAACUUGGAAGGCAGCUCAAAGCUGUUUAAAGGUUACACCGCGGGUGGGGGUAGGAGCUGCCACUCAGACCACAUUCAUUGAUUGCCCCACCGAUUCUAAGUGGCCAUCUAAUGAUGAUGGGCGACCCGAGUCGCCGUCCUGCCUGCCCAGCUCUAACGCGGGUUUGGCCACGGAACACACUUUGCCGCAGGGGCCUACCGAUGCCGUGGAGUCACGGGGCGCGCCUGACACUGCGGGCCCUGGAGAUGUCGGGGAAAGGCCUCCGCCAUACGCGCCGCGAAAUGGCGCCGGGGUGAGCAGCAAGGGGCGGAGCGAAGGGUGCCUAACGCGCACGGGCAUACGCAAUUGGGAGCCUAACAGGAAGCGGGAGGACGGUGCCGAGGGUGAAGGGGAGGAGAGCUCACAGUCCAAUCAGGGAUUGUGCCCUAGAGUAUCUCCUCGUAAGGAAAAGAACCUGCUGGAAGGAAGGCGGAGAAAGGGAGGGGAAAAACCAGUCCCUGGGAAAGGGAGAGGGCGAAGCCCAACAAAAAGGCACCGUAGCCCGGAAACCUCGAGUCAGUCGACUUCCGGCACUGACCCAGACACCGGUCAGAGCAGGCGGUCAAAUGACGAGCCCACAGCGCGGGUUUGCAACCGCAGUAAACUAAGCCCUUGUAUUUACACCCAAGGCUUUGGCUCCUCCGCUGACUUUGUUGGGAGAUCCACGUCCCUUCUAGAGGGGUCGGUCUCCUCUCUCUCCGAAGUUGUUGUGCAGGGCAAAGUGAAAUCUCAGCCUUCGGCUCAUGCGACGGAAACACCUCUGUGCCGCCCUAAAGAAAGAGUGCUGCUUCUGCGCGAUUCGCGCUGGAGUUGUGCAGGACGUCGUAGCUGGGCUGCAGGACAGACUGGUCCGAUGGAAGGCAGCCGAAAUAGCUCAGCUGAGAGAGCGUUGGAUUGGGAAUCAGGGUGGAAAUUGGUCCUGACAGGUCGGGGCCUGCCUCGCAUUGGACAGGGAGAACUGGAUGUGCAUCCUUACCGGCCGUGCACCUGGACACUUCACAAUCCCUUGGACGGUAGAGUAAUUGCCCAAACUGUGUCUAAUGCCCCUAGCUUCAUUGUUCACAUUAGUGACAUAUUUAACACCGAUGGAAUAGGAAUUGACCCUAGUCAGGGAAAACCUUUAGCCUACAUUAAUUGGGGAACAUACUGGUGCCCUAGUGUCAACCCUGGUAAAAGCUACUGCACCUAUCCUGGGUAUGGGUUUUGUGGGUAUUGGGGUUGUGAAACCAUCGUCACCAGUAACCAGUGGACACUAGCUAGGAGAGAUAGUUUCCUAGAUGUGAGUUUUUGGCCCAAAGGCUGCAAGCAGUCCAUGUUUGGAAAGAGCAGUAUGAUCACUGCUAAAGGAAGCUGUUCCCACCUAAAUGUAACAGUCCUGCAACCUCAAGACACCAACUGGUCGCUAGGACGAAAGUGGUCAGUAUUCCUUCAUAGUUGGGAUACAGAUCCGAGCACGAUGGUUCAAAUUAUCAGAGCUUCACAACCGCACCACACCGCUCUUGGACCCAACAGAGUUGUAGCCCAACAAUACAAUCACAUAAACAGCAAUCCCACGCCUAGCCUCACUAGUGCCACAUCAGCACUUCAUGGUGCGCUUGAACUGACGUCUCAUGCCCUCUUUCAUCGCAUGCUAAAUGCCGCAUUUCUAUUGCUAAAUGCAACAAAGCCAGACCUUACCCGUUCUUGUUGGCUUUGCUAUGAUGCCUACCCGCCCUUUUACGAAGGGGUAGCCCUUAAUGCCAUGUUCAGCUACUCCAGAGCGAAUGACCCCAAGCAAUGCUUGUGGAACACCCCUCGCAAGGGAAUCACACUAGAGCAAGUUUCGGGCGUAGGUGUUUGUAUAGGCAACAGACAGGCAAUACAACGCCAUGAAGAGAUUUGUGGCACUCCUGUGACUCUAGAUAAGACCAAGCCCUGGGUAAUUCCAGCAGCCUCGGGAAUCUGGGCCUGUAGCUCCACAGGGAUCACCCCAUGUAUUUCCAUCAAACACUUUGAUGAAACGAAUGAUUUCUGUGUCCAAGUGGUUAUUAUCCCUAGGAUCCUUUACUCCUACCACCAGGAGAGAGGUUUCCCACGCCACAGACAAGAACUCAUUACUGCCGUCAGUCUUGCAGUACUUUUAGGUCUAGGAGCAACAGGCGCAGCGACAGGUGUCACAGCCCUGGUGACUCAAAACCAAGGUCUAGCCCAACUGCAAACAAUGGUAGAUGAAGACCUGCACAGAAUCCAAGAAUCCAUCUCCAACUUGGAGCGAUCCCUCAACUCCCUUGCAGAGGUAGUGCUGCAGAACAGACGAGGACUGGACAUCUUACUCAUGCACCAAGGAGGUCUGUGUGCUGCUUUGGACGAGAAGUGUUGUUUCUAUGCCAAUUAUUCUGGGCCAAUCAAGCAGUCCAUGGCAGAGCUACAACAAAGACUUGAAGAGCGUAGCCAGCAACGCUCUCAGCAGAACUGGUUUAGUUCAAUGUUCAACCAAUCCCCAUAGAUUAUUACCCUUGUUUCCACGUUAGCAAGACCAGUUAUCGUUGUUGUGUUCAUACUUACUUUUGGUCCUUGUCUCCUUAAUAAGUUAGCCCAGUUUAUAAAAACCCGUUUAGAUAAAAUUGACAUUUUAUAUUUGGAACAGAGACAGUUAACCUGA